AUGGAAUCUUAUUUUGGCCUAAAGGAUGUAGGAGUGUAUAAUCUUGGAAGUAUUUUGGGGUAUUUGGAGGUUUAUGAGGUCUUUAAGGUGUUAUCAACAUGCAAGCAGUUUUAUGCGUACAAAGAUUUAAAUGAAAUCUGGCUUAAAGUUCUUGAUUUUCCUUCAGAAACACCAGUAGAGGAGAGUAAAUGACUUGUAACUAGUGGAAUCAAAGUAGACACUAGUGGAAAGUACCAUGGCAACAUCUUUCUGAGGAUACCUGAUAUUUAUUCAACCUUAGUUCAAGAAAAGAAUUUAUCAGCUAUAACUAUUGCUAGGAAAAUCAGAAAAUUUAUCAUAAGCUCUCAAAGAGAACGUAUUGGAGUGACACCACUAGAGAGUUCCUCAAAAGAAAAAUAACCAUAGUAUCAUGAAUACUACAAACUUAGUAAUGGAUUCAUACUGGAGUUCUCAAUGGCUAAACCGGGAUGAUAAGCCAGAGUGGCUCCUUUAUAAGACACAUAAACCUUUAACUGUAAUUUCAUCAAUAUAAGGAUCACACCAGUGAGAUCUAUGGGAAUACUUGGAACUGCUUUUGCACCCUCGAAGGUUAGAUUCAGAGUUGGAUUUCGCAAAGAUCACUACCAUUAUACCUCUAGAUUAUUCCAAGCAGAGAAAGUCGAGAAAGACCAGUAUUUCUCUCUAAUGCCUGAUAUCGUUCUUGGAUGUUAUAUCAAGGUUGAGUUUUAUGGAAAAACUAAAUGUGUGGGUUCUCUAGAUCUAGAUGGUAUCAUGUCCAGAAAAUCUAAAUAAAUCCAAACCUGCUUGCAUAGCUAUUCGGAAAUUUAGUGUUCAGGGCUCAUGUCUCAAUACGAUCGGGACUGCUGCCGAGAUCCUUCCAACUCUUUUAAACAUCUAUCAGAGCUGUGUUAAUCUCGAACAAACACUGACUCCUGAAGAGAUCAAGGAGACUGAGGAUAUCCUGAUCUCCAUGACGCAGCAGAACAAUAUUGAUUUGGACUUUUAUGAAGAAAGAGGAGAAGAAUUCUUCUCUUGGGCUUUCAAAAGAAGAGCUAUUUUUCUUAAAAGUGAUAGAAUCAUGAACUACUUUGAACCUUCUGGGAAAAUCUCAGUUGAUACAAACUUUUACAGCAGAGAAGAUGUUUUCGAUAAGAAAAGUGGCAAACUGAACCUGGUCAAGCUUAUUCUCCAUGUUCUUUAUGAGCACCAAUAUGAGUGUGGCCUCAUGGACAAACAAAGUACUGAGAUCUUACUCAAGAUGUUCUUCAAAUGCUUGGAAGGAUACUCUACAAACAUGGGCAGAUUAUUGAUUUCCAAUCAAACCAACACUUCUAUCUUUCCAGUGCAUAAUCUUGGGCAUAGUUUUCAGAACAAAAUUGGACUGGUAGACUACAUUCUUAAGUUCAUAUCCUCGCAAAAUUUCAAAUUUUAUCUGGACCAAUACCUAUUUGAUAUGCAUUUUAAGUACGACCAAGACCAACCUGGAGUAUCAGUUCCAAAGAUCAAAAAGGGUCCGGAUGAAGAAGAGAGCAAGGAAGGUUCUGAGUUUAACCCAAACUACGUUAAACAUGUGCUAUUAGAACAAAUGAAUCUUCCUAUCGAGGCUUUGAAGUUCAAUUUACAGUUAUAGGUCCUCAGAAGGAAGAUGAUAUUGGAAAAUCUCUACCUACUUCUAAACUAAAGAAAGCUUCAAAUCUGUCAGUUAAAAAUCUAUUCUUCUUGCUUCAGAGUGCAGUGAAGAAGUAUUUCAAUUUUAACUCUAAACAAUUGCUUUCUUCCAGAACCUAAGCAGGUUAAAUCAGGUAGAAAAUGUCAUAGUCUUUUCAACAACAAAGGCAAUCAACUCCAGAGUUCAGUGAGGCUUGAGGGCUUUAUCCAACCGAUAAUACUGGGUCAAGAACAGACCAGGCAGAUCUAGGAGAGCUUGAUGUUCCAAAAAAGAAAGCAGGAGGGUUUUCAGCCAACCCUGCUGUUUUUAUCAGAAUUGUGAAGAAUUACCUGAUCAACCAUAUAGAGAUCGAUAAAGAAGAGUUCAAGGAGCUGGUUGAGAAUGCAUGCCAAGAUGAGCAAGUCCAUUCAGAAUUGAGAAAGUUCUUCAAGAACUUUUUAGAUAAAUUCUAGAUAAUGAGACCUAAAGAUGUGAAAUUUCAAUAGCUUAAGU